GAGGUUCACGUCUCGUAAUUUACCAUGUCGAUUGUACUUCCGGUGUUAGACUCCAGCAUGGAUGAAAGGGGAGGAGGGUUCUGUAACUCUCCAUUUUUUGAUGAGCAACAGUCAUGGAACACAACAGAUCCGGACUUCAGUUCCUGUUUUCAGAAGACGGUGAUCCUAUGGACGCCAUGUGCCUUCUUGGUACUCGUCACCCCCUUUCACAUUUACUUCCUUACCAGGAGUCAGACACCAGCUAUCCCUUUCUCAUGUCUAAACAUACUGAAGACGGUGUUAGCUCUAGUGCUGGCUGUUGCUGCUAUAGCAGACAUAGGGAAGAGUUUACAACAGUUUGCCACAGAAGAGUCGGUGGCCACCGUUGAUUUCAUUUCACCUCUCAUUCUCUGCCUUACAAUGGUGCUGGCAACAUUCCUUAUUCAACAUGAGAGGAAACAUGGUGUACAAUCAUCAGGAAUUAUGUUUUUAUUCUGGAUGAUACUUCUUAUAGCAGGAAGCCUAAUAUUCCAAUCCAAAGUACGAACAGCUAUGAGAACAGGCAUUGACGAUGUCUAUCGGUUCGCCAUAUUCUUUAUAGAGUACUCGCUCAUCCUUGUACAGUUUAUCCUAACUUGGUUUGUGGACAGAAGAAAAAAUGAAUUUGUACCGACCGCUGAUGUUCAUGAUAAACCAUGUCCUGAGGCAGACUCCUCCUUUAUAUCAAGGAUCAGUUUUUGGUGGUUUUCAAGUAUUGUGGUACAGGGGUAUAAGCGGGCGUUGGAUAGGAAUGAUCUUUUUGCCAUGAAUGAAGAGGAUAUGUGUAGCAGUAUUAUUCCACACUUUGACAAGUACUGGCAACAGGAGAUUGAGAAAGAGAAAAGCUCAAAUCGAUACGCAGAAACUCCCAGUACAGAUGGCAUUGAGUUACAGACAAGACAACGACAGGGAGAAACCUACACAGAGGUUCAUGUCGCUGAUGGAAAACCUCCCUACAAAGCCAAGCUACUCAUCUGCCUCAUCAAAGCAUUCUGGCCAAUGUUUCUUCUAUCUGGUCUCUUUAAACUUAUCUACGACAUCCUGCAAUUUGUUAGUCCACUCAUCCUCAAACUGCUGAUCAUGUUUACACGAGAUAAAACAGAGUACCAGUGGCGCGGUUAUCUCUAUGCAGUGUUGAUGUUUCUCGUGGCGUUUGUACAGUCCUUUAUUCUCCACCAGUACUUCCACAUUGCUCAGCUACUGGGCAUGAGACUCAGGACUGCCAUAAUUACCAUUGUCUACAGAAAGAUGUUACUGUUAUCCAAUGCGGCUCGUCGUACGUCUACAGUCGGGGAAAUCGUAAACUUGAUGUCUGUAGAUGCCCAGAGGUUUAUGGAUCUGAUGACGUACUUCCACACGAUUUGGUCUGGCCCCUUCCAGAUUGCAGUAUCCCUGUACUUCCUGUGGCAGACACUUGGCCCGUCCGUACUGGCUGGGACAGGAGUAAUGAUUAUCAUGAUUCCAGUCAAUGCUGUUAUUGCCAAAAAGACGCGAGACCUUCAGAUGAAACAAAUGAGAUUGAAAGACUCCAGAAUCAAAUUGAUGAAUGAAGUCCUCAAUGGCAUCAAGGUGCUGAAGCUGUAUGCCUGGGAGAAAUCAUUUGAGAAACAGGUGUUGGAUAUUCGUAACAAAGAGUUACAGGUUCUGAAGAGGAUGGCCUACCUAAAUGCUGCAGUGUCAUUCACCUGGACCACAGCACCUUUCCUGGUGUCCUUGGUGACCUUUGCUGUUUAUGUGAUGGUGGAUUCUAACAAUGUCCUGGAUGCAGAGAAAGCCUUCGUUUCUCUGUCUCUCUUCAACAUCCUACGCUUCCCUCUAUCUAUGCUUCCUCAGGUCAUCUCCAGUAUUGUACAGGUCAGUGUGUCUUUAAAGAGAUUGCAGCACUUCUUAGACAAUGAACAACUGGACAUAUUCAGUAUAGAAAAGGACCCCUCUGCUAAGCAUGCCAUCACCAUAGAGAAGGGCACCUUUACCUGGGAAAAGGAGGCUGAAACCCCUACACUUAGAGAAAUUAACAUGGAAAUACCUGAAGGAUCACUGGUUGCUGUGGUUGGGACAGUCGGUUCAGGAAAGUCCUCCAUCCUGUCCGCAAUUCUUGGAGAAAUGGAAAAACUCAAGGGCAAAGCCAAUGUCAAAGGUUCCAUAGCUUAUGUGGCCCAGCAAGCCUGGAUCCAGAAUGCAACAGUACAGGACAACAUUUUAUUUGGCAAGACCAAGUAUCAGACACAGUAUUCCAAUAUCUUGGACGCUUGUGCCUUGAAGACAGACCUAGAAAUAUUGCCUGCUGGUGAUCUGACAGAAAUAGGGGAAAAGGGUAUUAACUUGAGUGGUGGACAGAAGCAGCGAGUCAGUCUGGCACGUGCCGUAUACCAAGAUGCCGAUAUCUAUCUCCUUGAUGAUCCCCUCAGUGCUGUUGACGCGCAUGUUGGCAAGCACAUCUUUGAUGAGGUGAUCGGACCAAAUGGAAUUCUAAGGGAGAAGACACGGGUAUUGGUAACACAUGGCAUUGGCUUUCUGCCCAAAGUGGACCUCAUUGUGGUCCUUGUCAACGGUCAGAUCUCCGAGGUCGGAUCAUUCCAGGAACUGAUCAGCCAUCCUGGUGCCUUCGCAGAGUUCCUUAAGAGCUAUCUGACUGAGGAACUAGACAAUGAAGAUGUGGAGUUAGAUCUCGAGGAAAUUGAAGAACUAAAGAAUUUAAAGAUGGCUGAGGAAAUAGUAUCCCAGCUUGGUUCUAUAAUGGAAGAUGACCGUACAGCAAAACUACAGAAACAGGUGUCUGUGAUAUCUAAUCGAAUACGGACAAUGUCCGGAGGUUCCCAGGAAUUGGAUGGUGAUGCGCCCCGGGCAGGAACACCUGUGUCAUGGAAAGGUUCCCAGCCGAAGUUCCCCACAUCGCCCAAACUGAUGAGACAAAAAUCUGAACAUCCUGUUUCCAAAGAGGAGAAGGAGGCUGAAAUUCUCAAACGUCAAUUGCAGGAAAAGAAAAAGGAAGACAAACUCAUCCAGGCCGAGAGUGUAGAGACUGGACGGGUAAAGAUGUCUGUGUUCCUGUCCUACUUGAAGUCAGUAGGACCAGUCCUCAGCAGUAUAAUCAUACUGUUCUACGUCAUGUACAACAUCACCAGUGUCUACUCCAACAUCUGGCUCAGCGAGUGGAGCAAUGACGAGGCGGCCUCGGUUAACGGCACAGUGGACACCGCCCAGCGGGAUCUACGUCUGGGUGUGUACGGCGCUCUCGGCAUUAUUCAAGGAAUAUUUAUUGUGUCGGGUUCACUGUUGUUGGCCACAGGCUCCAUCCAAGCAACAACUCUCCUCCAUACCAGGGUCCUUAGCAGGGUCAUAAGGUCACCCAUGAAUUUUUUUGACACAACCCCAUUAGGGCGCAUCAUCAACCGAUUCUCCAAAGAUGUGGACACCAUCGAUCUUAUCAUCCCUGAUCUAUUCAAAGUCUUCAUGAUGUGUUUUCUCCAAGUUGUCAGUACCAUGGUGAUCAUCUCCAUGGGGACCACCAUAUUUUUGGUUGUCAUGGUACCUCUAGGAGUUGUUUACAUUGUUGUCCAGAGGUUUUAUGUGUCGACAUCUCGUCAGCUUAAGAGACUGGAAUCCGUGAGUCGGUCACCAAUCUACUCCCACUUUGGGGAGACAGUAACUGGGGUGACAACAAUUCGUGCUUACAGACAACAGGAUCGCUUCAUCACCGAUUCAGAGAGCAAAGUUGAUGAAAAUAAUAUAUGUUACUUUCCUAGUAUAGUAGCUAACAGGUGGCUGGCUAUCCGUCUGGAGUUUGUGGCUAAUAGCAUCGUAUUCUUUGCUGCCUUGUUCGCCGUCAUUGGACGUAAUGAACUGUCAGCUGGCCUUGUUGGACUGUCCAUUACAUACGCCUUAAAUGUGACACAGACCCUGAACUGGCUGGUGAGGAUGACCUGUGAGCUGGAGACCAACAUUGUGGCGGUAGAGAGAGUGAAGGAGUACUCCGAGACACCCACAGAGGCUCCUUGGGAUAUAGAAGACAAAAAGCCCAACCCAAAAUGGCCAGAAACGGGCAAGGUGACCUUUGACAAUUAUGGCACUAGGUACCGGGAAGGUCUUGACCUUGUCCUUAAGGGGAUCUCAUGUGAGGUACAGCCAGGUGAAAAGGUCGGAAUCGUCGGAAGAACUGGGGCAGGAAAGUCAUCACUCACGUUAGGGUUAUUCCGGAUCAUAGAGAAGGCCCAAGGCAACAUCAUUAUAGAUGGGAUUGAUAUCUCCACUCUGGGACUGCACGAUCUUCGAUCCAAAAUCACGAUUAUACCACAGGAGCCAGUUCUCUUUUCUGGCACCUUGAAGAUGAAUCUUGAUCCGUUUGAGCAGUAUACUGAUGCAGAAUUGUGGAGGGCACUAGAACAUGCUCAUCUGAAAAAAUUUGUGAAAGAAUUACCAACAGAGUUGAUGCACGAAUGUUCUGAAGGAGGUGAAAACCUCAGUGUUGGACAGAGACAAUUAAUAUGUCUGGCUCGUGCCUUACUGAGAAAGACGAAGAUCCUUGUUCUGGACGAGGCUACAGCAGCUGUGGACCUGGAGACAGAUGACCUUAUCCAGAACACGAUCCGGACAGAAUUCCACGACUGUACCAUCCUCACGAUCGCUCACAGACUCAAUACCAUAAUGGACUAUGACAAGAUAAUGGUGCUAGAUGCUGGUGUCAUCCGUGAAUAUCAAGCUCCCCAUACUUUGUUACAAGAUAAGGACACUAUAUUUUAUGGAAUGGCCAAAGACGCCGGACUAGUGUUCUAAAGACUUCUAUAUCUGUGAUGUAGGGUAAUUUCAGGGAGUCUGUCGCCAACAGACGACAAUGACAGCUGGCCUGUGUUGGUCACCCAGUUAUUCAAGUCAAUCCAUAUAUGUACGGCUCUAGUAUGUGUUCACCUGAUUCUGUGAUGUGAUGUACAUGUGAUUCUAUGAUAUGUACACAGGAAUCUGUGACAUGUGACAUAAUUCUGUGGUGGGUACACAUGAUUCUGUGACAUGAACACAUGAUUCUGUGACAUGUACACAUAAUUCUGUGACAUGUACACAUAAUUCUGUAAUAGAUACCCAGGAUUCUAUUACAUGUACCUGGUACACAUGGUUGUGAAAUAUGUCACUAAAUAAAAUGGCUUGUUCAUUUCAAAUAAUUCUGUACUAAAAACAUGUGUGCAUGUAUGCAAUGUUAUAAAAAUCAUAUUUGGUUAAGUGUAAUUCAGUUGUGAAUCUGUAGCCUAUUAUGUUCAAAUUUGUGUGUGACCGCUCCUACAGAACAAUGUAGGUUAGUCCCUUAUUCAAAAUGAAUAACAAAUUUCUGUUAAUGCUAAAAAAUAACAUUUAUUUUUUCUAUUAGUAAAAUAUGAACAUUGUUUGUUUGCCAUUGGAUUGUACUUGUUUGCAUGAAUGUCAGUAAAAUUUGUUUUACUGUAGCAAUGCAUUAAAGGGUUACAAUGAUAAUGAUGUAUGUUAAGAUAUAUGACGGCUUCUAAUGCUUACUUGAAGGUAUGGGGCAAUCCCUGUGUUUUGUUUGAAAUGCUGGUAUCGUAUUAAAUUUUGUCUUCUUGUAAGGCUUGGAUGUUUAAAUGUGUUGUUGAUUAAAAAGUGCCAGUGUUGUUCUUAAUUUAAAAAAUACAUUGAUGCCAUUCCUUGCUUUAUAAAGUACUUGUACAUUGAUAUUAGAUAAGAAACCAUCUAUAAAGUAUAAAUUUACGUCCAGACAUGACGCCCAGGACAGAUUGUAGAAUACUUAUGUGUUAUAUACAAAUGUAUACUCAAUUUUAACUCAGAUGACUUGCGGACAUGACAGAAUAUGUCAUGUUGUGCCUGUCUGAUAUUUUUCCUGGUGAGAUAUGUUUUUUUUCCUAUUUAGGAAUAAUAAAUAUCAUAUACAAGUACCUAAUAUAUUUAGUCAGUAUUUUAAUAAAACUAAGAAUGAUAUAAUAGGGUGAUCAUUAUAGUUUUUUGAAAGCGGGUAAAGUAAAGAUCAGUUUUCAAAGUGUUCAGCACAACAGUUUUUUUUUUGUUUUUUUUUUAAACACAAUUAUUAAUAACAUCUACAAAACACAAUUAUUCAAUAACACCUACAAAUAGCAAUCUGCAUUAUACCAGAAUUUUAUAUUCCUUUUUCUUUUAUCAUAAUUCAUAAUCCAGAUCACAGAGUUAAUCUUGAAAAUGUGAAGUUUUGUUUUAUCAUUUACAAUGCAUGCAGUGCUCACAAAAACAUUGUGUUUAAUUUUGUUUUCGUAGUUUUCCUUUUGUUUUGUUUUAAGUUUUUCUGUUGUAUCUUAUUGCAAAUUUCCUCCUUGAAUCAAAAUGCACUUUAACUACAAGAGGAUAGACAAGAAACCAUUUACUGUCCGGUGUCAGGGAAGUGCUGUUGUUAAAGUUUGGAAGAAUGUUGAAGGUGAAUGGCUUCUCAAGUUCUACUCUCAUGUUGCUAGUCCAAUAGUAAGCUUUUCGAUGUCUCACUGAUUGUUAUGUGGAUCGGACGUUUUGUUAGAUAUACUUUUAUUGUUUUGUAUAUAUCCAUUGUUGUAUAUAUAUAUAUAUCUGUUGUCUUGUGUUCAUCAGGGUUAUUCCAGUGAAAUAUAAAUCCUACGGUACGACUCCAAAAAUCAAGUCUGAUAGCAAGUGAAAAUGUACUGUUAGAAUGUACAAAUUUCAGCAGUAAUCAUAUUUUUGCGACGGAAGCAUUUUGCUUAAUUAUGAUAUAAGCAAAUUACACUUUCUGUGUACUAUUUUUCAGAAUUCUUCACUAAGCUGUUCUUUUAAGAUUAAGUAAAAUUUUAGCGAACCAAAAUGGUCUGUGUGUAACAAACCUGGAGUCCUGUUGGCUAGAUAUUUUAAUGGAAUAACCCAAAUUACUUUUAUGUAAACAUUUUACUUUAUAACAAAAUUUUCUGUAAAAUCUUUCAGUUGUAAUGUUUAUUUCUCCAUUAUUAAGUAUCGUAGUUUUUAUUUACUUGUUAUAAGUUACUGCUUUGUUUGUUUCAAAGUUACACUUAUUUUGUCCUUCCUUCACUAUAGAAUGUUAGGACACAUUGUUAUUGGGUUUGUGUAGGUUUUAUUGCGACCAGUUUGCAUUUCUUUCUGUUACUAUGGCAAUUUCAUUGAUUCCACUUUUCCAUGAAAUCGAUACUUUUUGUGAUCUUAAUCACAGAAAAGUAUCCCAAUAAUGUUAAUGUGGUUUAAGUAUGAAUGCCAGUUAUCAAUUUAGAUAGUAAAAAUGUUUUAAAAUUGUAAAAGUGGAGAGUAUAAGGUCACCUUACUAGCUUAGACUAGCGGGAAUGUUUGCCUGGGGAGCGAAAGGUCACUAAUUCGAAGCCUGGCAUGGGCAGGGUAUUUUUCAUUCCUCCUUCCUAUUAUAAAUGUAUUACUUAGUAUAUGAUGACAUUUUAGGUUGCAUUUCAUGAGAAUGAGUUUGCUGAGAGUCGAUCCACCUAGUUAUUUAUAAGCACAUUUUAUUUUGUAUGUAAAUAUCAAGAGGCAUACUAUAUACAUUAUGUUAAGAUGCUACAGUGCAUACACGUCUUGCCACAAAAAUGCAUAAAAUAGCACCCAUGUUGUAGCGAUGUGUCUAAUAACACCGACAACCAACAGCUGUUUAGACCAAAAGUUACCAAAUAUAGAGGCCGAAUACGAUAUACACAAUGUAAUCUGGAAUUCAAUUAAUUUUGCAUUCAUAUUGAAUUUAAAAAGAUAAAGAAAAGUUCAACUUUUAGAAAGUGAUAAUAGCAUAAAGUAUGUGACAUUUGGUACAGUUACUGUAUAAACAUAUUCAACAGCCUGUCCUUGUUUUCAAUCAAUCAUGAUUACUCGUUGUCAGAGAUGUAACUUGUGGGACCUUUAAACUUCUGACUUGAUGUGUAGGUAAUAUCAUAAUAUGUCAUGUGUUCUGUAUCAAAAUAAGAACACAAAACCCUAGUUUGACGUUUGGUCUUUUCCUAUAUUACAGAAAAGCCAGUUUCUGUAGCAUGUCUCGACUCAAAGUUCCACAUGAUGAACGUACUUCAAAUAUAUGGUGCCGUGGGAAGGCAGCAUAUUAUUAUUUACUUGCCAAAAUGGAAUCUCUAGCUUACCUUUGACCUUUACAUGUAAUGCUGAAAUUUACCAACCAAAGAAUCGGAUAUCAUACUUACUAUUUACAACAAUAGGGUAUCUAGGAAAUGUUCACAUCUGAAAUUUGAAUCUAGUUUUCAAGUGAUAUGGUCGAUAUAUUCUCCAUAUUUUUUUUUCCAUUUUGCAACUUCAUCAAUUAUUUCAAAAUACUUUUUAUUUUAAAAAAGUCAUGAUUAUUUUAUGGAAGCAAUUUUAUUCAUUUAACUUUUCAUAUUAUUUCUUUUAUCACUAAUUUAAGUUUAAUCUGUCAUGCAAUUAAUACUUCCAUGUUAUUCUAUGUUACCUGAUGGUUUAUUUUGAACGAAUGAUUUUGUUUAUUGAUUUGAAGCAGUGAAUUUCGUUUUCAAAGAUGAAGUUUAGACGAAACCUAUAAAGGUUGGUUUUGGCAUGGUAAUUAUAUUAAGAAUGUAGAAUGUAGCAAAACUAGAUUUAAUAGAAAGUUAUUGUAUGUUAUUGUAUAUGUUAGUAUAGUAGAAAUUAAUAGAAAUCUCGAUGCCUUGAUCAAAUAAUGAUUUGCCUGUAAUAUUACUCAGUAAAUUUAUAGAAUGACUUAACCCCUACCCUAGUCAGUUUUCUCAAUUUAUCAAUGAUCUUAUUCUGUGACAGGCUGGUCAGAUGUCCAGCUCUACAUAAACAGUUCUUGCCCUUAGUUCAUUUUUAAUACCUAACAUGAAAGAAAGGUGAGAUUUAAUUUUGUGCACAGCUAAAAAUGGUAGGUGAAAACUUGCAUUUCUUUCAUUUUUAAAGCUCAGGGAAUAUAUUUUGAAAUUUUGAUAAGCAGUCUAAAAUUUCCCAUUUAUUCCAUGUUUUAAGAAUAAGAUGUGGAAAACCCUUGAAUUGAAACAAUCCGUUAUAACUAACAUCAUUCCUGUGUGGAUGUGUGAGAAAAAUAACUAGAAUUUCGAGAUAAAAUUGCGUUAUUAGUAUCCUAUCCUGUGUUGGGUUUUCAUCAUUUAAACAUUUCCUUAUCUUGUCUCAUACACUCAAGUUGCUUUUAAGAAUUAUUUUUACACAUCUGUUAACACGAGUCAUAUUUAAGCAUUCAAUUCUAUUACUUUUACUUUUAGUAUUAAAUAUUUACCACUCUGGCAUUGCCGCUUUUUGACCUUACCAACUGUCAGUGGGCGUUACCAGCUCAUAACUGCCGAUUGGCAUAUGAAUAUCAUAACAGUAACAGAUCUGCGACGUCGGCAAAAUAAAAGACGUGGAAAAAAAACAAAAAUAAAAUUUGACAAGUGCGAUGUGUAUUAUUCUCAUGUUUAUAUGUAUUAAAUAUCAGUACUACAUUCAUUAUUCUGAUCUGGUUUUCUAUUAACUUAUGCACUAUUUCUUUUACACAGAACAACCAUUAACAUAUCUAGACUUACAGCCAAAACAUGAAUUCCGUUAUAGUGAUUUUUUUUUAAUCGUAGACUUUCAGUUGGCAUUUGUGGGAUGAUAAUACCAAAUGAACAAAGGCAAAUUUAACAUGAAGUACUAGCGUGCUUCAUUAAAUUUGCCUUUGUUCAGUUGGAAUUAUCAGCCCAUAACUGCCAACUGAAAGCAGUUCAAUGCUUAAAUAACAUCACUGACUGGUUUUCUUAUCCCUUGCACAAUUAUCAAAGAGGGAUUUUAAUACAUGUAUGCAUUUUUAAUAGAAUAAAUUAUAUAUUUUUUGGAUAAAUAUGGUUUUGAUGUCAAGACAAAUGCAGAAAUUUUGUUUAAAAUUUAAGUUUUUGUUUAAUUAGGUGAUCAAAUACCGUAACAGUAUUUGAGGACUGAUGCCUGGGCGUGCUUUGUUUUAGAAGGUGGUAUGAUUUGGUAAACUAACACCGCCCAUUGUUUCAUUAAGCAUCAUGUUUAUAUGUCUAUAAUCUUUAAAAUCAUUAAAUUAUAUAAAAAAAAAAUUAAUUGUAAAA